AGACCCCAGGCCCGCUCCAGGGAGGCCCUGGGCCCACUACAGGGAGCCCCCAGGCCCGCUCCAGGGGUGCCCCGGGCAGGCCCAGCACCAGCCCCAGGGAGGCCAGGGCUCCUCAGGGCAGCCUGGCUGCUCCAGUGACCCCCAUGUUGAGACCCCCAGGACGUCCUGUGCCAGGUCAGCCUGGAGCACCCAUCGGUGGGCAGCCCCUCAGCAGGCAGCCCUGCACCGCCAUCCCUGCUGCGGCACCACCGGGACCCUCUGAGCCGCAGGGGUGGGAUGAGAAGAUAGAGAGUCCCUCGCAGGCAAACUGCCGGUGACGAGCGGCUCCCUGAAGCUGUGCCAGCACGGGCAUCAAGCACCGGGGCGCCUGUCCCUCGGGAUCACGCCGAGAGUGGGAGCUGGCCGCAGCGUGACACCACCCCAGGGAGCCACCUCACACCCCCUUCCUGAGAUCGCUGCCCCUCAGUCGGACUCUGUGCUGUGGACUGAGCAAUAACGCUCCCUCUUUGCCCCCAGCCCGGCAGGAUGGAUGCCCUGCACACCACCGGGAUCCACUUCGCAGAGGCACUGCAGUCUGGGCCACCCUGGCUGGAAAAGUUCUGGAUCUCCGUGACCUCCCUGGCUGAUCCCAAAUGCGUCUUCACCAUCUGCUUCCCUAUUGCCUAUUUUCUUGACCGCAAGGUGGGAGUGUCGGUGCUGUGGAUUGGCCUGGUGUCAGAGUGGCUCAACGUGGUCCUCAAAUGGUUCUUGUUUGGGGAGCGCCCUUUCUGGUGGGUUCACGAGUCAGGGCUCACCAGUAAGCAGCUGCUCACGCUGCGCCAAUUCCCUGUCUCCUGUGAAACUGGACCAGGGAGCCCCUCCGGCCACUGCAUGAUCACGGGGGCAGCCCUCUGGCCGCUUGUCACUGCUCUGACAGAGCUGGCAUCCAGACAGUCCAGGAGCCUGGUGGUGAAGCUGGCCCCCUUUGGUGCCUACACUCUGCUGCUGCUGGCCGUGGGGCUCUCGCGCGUCUUCAUCUUGGCCCACUUCCCCCAUCAGGUGGUCUGUGGCACCCUGGCAGAACCCCAGCCUGCCUGUCCUCACCAUCCAGGGGCAGCCCUGGGCUGGGGGCUGCAGGCUCGCACCCCGGCCACCCGCACCCCGGGCUUCUUCGUGGCUGCUGCGCUGGCCCUGCUGCUCAGCUCCCUCGCCCUGCACAGCAUGGUGAUCGCCGCCGGCAUCGACAUUGACUGGUCCAUCCACUUGGCCACCAAAUGGUGCUCCAGCCCCACCUGGCUCCGCCUUGACACCCGGCCCUUUGCCUCCAUCUGCCGUGACACCGGCAGUGCCCUGGGGCUGGGGCUGGCCGCCGGCUUCCCCCUGCAGCAGGGUGAGCAGCUGGACCCCUGGCAGCGUGUGGCCAGUGCCAUGCUGGCCUUGGUAGCCAUGCAGGGCCUGCACCAGCUGCUGCAGCCCACGGAUGUGACCCUGUGGUACAGCACCAGCUUCCUCAAGUAUGCCACCGGGCCCUGGCUGGUGACAUCUCUCCUGCCCCGGCUCGUCCUCUCCCUCAGCCGCCCGCAGGGCUCCCCCCACACUGAUUAGGGGUCCCCACCAUGUCCUGGUGGGUUCCAUGCCCUCCUGGCUCUGCCCUUGGCUGUGCCCAUUGUAGGUGGCUUCUGGCCUGAGCGGCCACCAGCUUCACAGCAGGAGGGCACCCCCAUCACCUCCUUAGGACCACAGGCCAGUUUAACCCUUGCUGUGCUAACAGCACUGCUGCCCCCCUGGGAAGUGGGACCCCUCAGCACGGGGCAGGUGGGGGGCAGAGCUGGGGGUGCCCCAUGCCCAGCAGGUCUGGGGACACAGCACAGGGACAUCCCCAGCCUUGGGGUCCCUGACAAAUGGCACCACCUUCCACUCCCCCACUCUGCCCCCUUCCAGCUGCCCCAGUUCUCCCAGUUUGGUUUCCCCCGCUGGCACAGGAAGGGGAAGGCGCUGGGAUCCCCCACGCCGGAUCCCCACUGUAGCGCCCUGGCUGGAAGGGCCACCCUGUUUCUAACCAAAUAAAGGCACCGUUACCAA